CCCUGCACGUUCAUUUCUCCACACCUCCAAACAAACGGCCAUACAUCAUUUUCUGGUUUUCGUUUUCUUUUUGUUCUAGAGUUUAGGUUUUUCCCUUCGUUUCCCUCCGGAGUGUUACUCCCUUUUUCCAAUUUUUGCAUGUACAAUUUAGUACUAUUAUUCUCUCUGUCUGUCUGUUGUGUCCGCACUCCGGCCGACUGACGAAUUGCCCCAUCCAGCAAUCCUAACGAAGACUGGCCACUACUUACUUCCCUCAGUCUCUUCUUCGCCUCCCGCAUUCGGGGAUCCCUUUUGUAUGUAAACCAAGUCAUGCCGCUCUGCCCGCUUUCUGCAAAUCUAACAGUCACUUCGGGCUGGUAGGAAAUUAUAUCAAUCCCACAUCCAUUACAUCUCUCUCUCACCAGUCACCACAACCCCGCCAUCCCAUCUUCUGCCCCGUUUACUACUCCAUCCCCCACAAUCUACUACUAGAUCAAUAUGGCUACCGCUCAGGCUGAGAAACCAGCCACCAAAACCUUUGCUAAUGAUCCUGAUGAUGUCUCCGACUACGAUUCCGAGGAUGACUAUUCUGACGAUGACACCCAACAAAAGCCUCAACAACAACAGCAACAACAACAACGCCGUCGUCGUCGUCCCCGGCAGCAAGACCCCAACGAUGAAGACGAUACCUACUAUUCCGAUGAGUACUCGGAUGACUACGAUGACUACGACGAUGAAGAUGAUGACUACUACGACGACGAGGAAGAAGAAGUCCAGGCCAUGGAACGCUACCAGCCCACCACCAUCAGCAGCCGCGACAAUGUGCCGGCACAACCGAUCGCAAACGGCGGUAUGCAAGAAGCGGAAGGCAAAACCGGCGAUGACUGGGAGGAUCAAGACGGAAUGAAAUUGAAAUUGGAAUUGAACUUGGAUAUUGAAGUCGAAUUAAAGGCUCAUAUCCAUGGUGACUUGACGUUGUCGUUGCUGUAAGUACUCCCCUUUUUUCUGCUUCUGAUUGAUCACAUUGAUUGCGGCGGCGGGGAAUCUGGCCUGCGUGCGGACCAAAUGCAUGCAAUGCAAUCAAUCAAAUCACUUAAUCUCGUUC